AUGGGGAUACAAGGAUUAUUACCUAAUGUUGAUAACGCAAGCAUUAAGAGCAAAAUAGAUUCAUUUAAAGGAAAAAGAGUGGCAAUUGAUACAUAUGGAUGGCUUCAUAGAUCAGCAGCUAACUGUGCAGAAAACAUUGUAUUAGGUAAACCUACUAGAGUUCAUAUUAAUUAUUGUAUUGAAAAAAUUAAAACUCUUCAAGGGAAAGGAAUUAUUCCGGUAUGUGUGUUCGAUGGUGCAACUCUUCCUAUGAAAAAGGUUACUGAAGAAGAAAGGAGUAAAAGAAGAAACGAUGCUAAAAAAGAGAUUAUACGACUACAAAGUGAAAAAAAAUCUAAUUCGUAUGUUAUGAGAAGUUUGUGCCAAAAAGCUCUCGACAUCACCCCAAGUAUAGCUCACCAGGUUUUAGAAGUAUUAAGAGACGAAUACAAAAUUGAAUGUAUUGUUGCUCCAUAUGAGGCGGACGCACAACUUUCAUAUCUUUCGAGAAUAAAAUACGUUGAUGCAGUAAUAACUGAAGAUAGUGAUAUGUUAGUAUUUGGAAGCAUUUGCACAAUUUACAAAUAUGAUGAUAAGACUGGCCUCUGUAGAGUAAUAUAUUGGAAAGAUUUGUAUAAAAGCGGCGUUAUUCCAAAAUCAAUGUUCUCAUACGAGACUUUUGUAUUAGGGUGCAUAUUAACUGGCUGUGACUAUGUAAAAUCGCCGCAGGGUGUAGGUAUAAAAACUGCGAUGAAGCUUGUGCAAGAAUGUAAUGCAGAUUUAGAAAGGAUAAUAUUACAACUCAAGGAAUUGGGCAAGAAUAUACCAAAUAGUUAUUCGACUGAUGUUCAGAAUGCAAUUAUCACAUUCUUCCACCAAACAGUAUACGAUCCUCUCGAAGAAAAAAUGGUCCCACUUUCAAAUAGUGAUCUGCCCAAAAGCGAAAUUGAGACCAAUAUAGUUUUGGCAGGUGUACCAAUAUUUAUUGAUUUUAAUGACCAAAUGAAACAGGGUUAUUCUAUUGAAUGCAACGAAAUGAAAAAUUUUAUCGGACCAAUUAUUCAAGGCAAGAUGGCAAAAGAGAUUUGCUUAGGAUUUAUUCACCCAGAAACUCACCUUUCCUACAAUGAUCCAAUAAAUCAUCGCUUUGAAUUUCAGUUUGAUAUUAGCCGUCAUCAUGAUAAUGGAAACAAUUUAAUACAAUCAUUCUUAGAUUCUAAGACUUCUUUAGAAAAGGAAAAUUUAGAUGUUAAUAUAGGGAAAGCCGAGUAUGAGAUUGAAGAAUUAAUUAAACAAUCGAUCAGAUCUCCAUUAAACGUGAAAAAAUCAAACAUUAGGUCAUUUUCUCAUGAAGAAAGUCAUCUUGAUUUAAAGAAAAAAAGAAGAGCAAUUUGGCUAAAUUCAAAAAUAGAAGAUGAUUUAAAAAUUAAGGAAGAAAUUAAAUUGCUAGAUAACUUUGCGUAUAGAGCAUAA